CCGCAGGUCGGUCCGUGGGUCCGUCCCCCCCCCCGUGCCCGUGGGUCCGCCCCGAGCCCGGCGCGGUCCCUGCCUGGAGCUGCGCAUCCGCGGCCCCGCCGUGGGUCGUUCCGCGGCCGAUGGCGCUGGCGGGGCCGGAGGGGGAGCGGGCGGCGGCGCGGCCGCUGUUCUGCCGCCGGGGGGCGCUGCGGCACAAGGUGGUUCACGAGGUGAAGAGCCACCGCUUCACCGCGCGCUUCUUCAAGCAGCCGACGUUCUGCAGCCACUGCACCGACUUCAUCUGGGGCAUCGGGAAGCAGGGUCUGCAGUGCAUGGUGUGCAGCUUCGUGGUGCACAAGCGCUGCCAUGAGUUUGUCACCUUCGAGUGCCCGGGGGCCGGGAAGGGGCCACAGACGGACGACCCCCGCAACAAGCACAAGUUCAAGCUGCACAGUUACAGCAGCCCCACGUUCUGCGACCACUGCGGGUCCCUGCUCUACGGCCUCGUGCACCAGGGCAUGAAGUGCUCGUGCUGCGAGAUGAACGUGCACAAGCGCUGCGUGCAGAGCGUGCCCAGCCUCUGCGGCGUCGACCACACCGAGCGCCGCGGCCGCCUCCAGCUCCGCAUCCAGGCGCUGCCGGGGGAGCAGCUGCACGUCACUGUGGGGGAGGCGCGGAACCUGAUCCCGAUGGAUCCCAACGGGCUCUCGGACCCCUACGUGAAGCUGAAGCUGAUCCCGGACCCCAAGAACCUCUCCAAGCAGAAGACGCGGACGGUGAAGGCGACGCUGAACCCCGUGUGGAACGAGGCCUUCCUCUUCACGCUGCGCCCCGGGGACGCGGAGCGGCGCCUCUCGGUGGAGGUGUGGGACUGGGACCGCACGUCCCGCAACGACUUCAUGGGCGCCAUGAGCUUCGGGGUGGCCGAGCUGCUCAAGGGCCACGUGGACGGGUGGUUCAAGCUGCUGAACCAGGAGGAGGGUGAAUAUUACAACGUCCCCGUGGCCGACACCGACGACUGCGGCCUCCGGCCCAAGUUCGAGGCUUGUAACUACCCGUUGGAGCUCUAUGAGAAGGUGCGCCGGGGGCCGGUGCCGUCGCCGGGGCCUUCGCCCUCCCCCAGCCCCACGGACCCCAAACGGGGCUUCUUCAGCUCCGGGCGCUCGCGGCUCGGGGACUUCACCUUCCUCAUGGUGCUGGGCAAGGGCAGCUUCGGCAAGGUGAUGCUGGCCGAGCGGCGCGGCACGGCCGAGCUCUUCGCCAUCAAGAUCCUGAAGAAGGACGUGGUGGUGCAGGACGACGACGCCGCCUGCACCAUGGUGGAGCGGCGCGUCCUGGCGCUGGGGCCCCGGCCCCACUUCCUCACACACCUCCACUCCACCUUCCAGACCACGGACCGCCUCUAUUUCGUCAUGGAAUACGUCACCGGCGGUGACCUCAUGUACCACAUCCAGCAGGUCGGCAAGUUCAAAGAGCCGCACGCGACGUUCUACGCGGCCGAGAUCGCCAUCGGCCUCUUCUUCCUGCACAACCAGGGCAUCAUCUAUAGGGAUCUGAAGCUGGAUAACGUGAUGCUGGACGCCCAGGGCCACGUGAAGAUCACGGACUUCGGGAUGUGCAAAGAGAACAUGUUCCCCGGGGCCACCACCAGGACCUUCUGCGGGACCCCCGACUACAUCGCCCCCGAGAUCAUCGCCUACCAGCCCUAUGGCAAGUCGGUCGACUGGUGGUCUUUUGGGGUGCUGCUCUACGAGAUGCUGGCGGGGCAGCCCCCCUUCGAUGGGGAGGACGAGGACGAGCUCUUCCAGUCCAUCAUGGAGCAGACGGUGACGUACCCCAAGUCGCUGUCCCGCGAGGCCGUGUCCAUCUGCAAAGGGUUCCUGACCAAGCACCCCGGGAAGCGCCUGGGCGCGGGGCCGGGGGGGGAGCAGGACGUUCGCUCCCACCCCUUCUUCCGGCGCACGGACUGGGAGCGCCUGGAGCGGCUGGAGCUGCCCCCCCCCUUCACCCCACAGCCGUGUGGCCGCAAUGGGGAGAACUUCGACAAGUUCUUCACGCGGGCCCCCCCCGCGCUCACCCCCCCCGACCAGCUGGUCCUGGCCGGGCUGGACCAAGGCGACUUCGCGGGGUUCACCUACACGAACCCCGACUUCGUGCACCCCAACCUGCGCCUCCCGGCCCCCCCCGGCUCCCUCGUCUGAGCCCCGACCCCCCCGGACCCCUUUGGGGGGGUCCCCCCUUCAUCUGGGGGCUCCCCCCCUUUAUUCCCCCCCCAUUCCCUAUUAUAGCACAGCACUGAUUUGGGGGAUCCUCCUUAUUUGGGGGUGGCCCCCCUUUAUUCCGUCCCCAUUCCCUACUAUAGAACAUCACUGAUUUGGGGGGUCCCCCCUACUUAGGACCCCCUUAACUUGGGGUUCCCCCUUAUUUGGGGUCCCCCCUUGCCUUCCCCCCCAUCCCUAUUUAGGACACAGCACUGAUUUGAGGGUUCCCCCAUCAUUUGGGGGUUCCCCCCUUUUAGCGCCCCCCCGAAUCCAGACCCCCUAUACCGGGGGUCCCCCCAUUUUACCCCCCCGCUCCCUCAAACCACGGGGGGGGCCCCCAAAAGCUUCACCCCCCCCAACUUUAAGGGGUCCCCCUUUUCCUUUUGGGGCUCCCCUGUCGUUUUGGGCCCCCCCCCAGCUGUGACUCCCCCCGGAUGAGCUGGGGGGUGCUUUGCACACCGCGGACCCCCCCUUAUAGCCGGGGCCCCCCAAAACCCACUGAACCCCCCAAUUUCGCGCCCCCCCCCACCCCAAUGCCUUUAAGUAUAAAAGCGAAUG